UCAUGCUUAGUUAUAUGAUGAUAUGCUUACUCACAAUACCUUGUUUCUGUAGUGAUUAAAGAAAUUUCCUAAUCUGUGGUGACUGGUGAUUGAUAAGCGAUAACGAAUAAUAAACACAAAAGGAAUCCGAAAAUAUUACAGAAAUAUAUAAAAGCACCUAUUAAAAACAAUAUUAUUAUAAAGACAUGGCGGUUUAUGCGGCUCAUCUAACACGAACGCUUCAUGGCACACCGUCGGUUUUCCAAAUUACAGCUCAGGAAGCUCUGGGAGCUACGGUCAAGCCAGCUUUACGGAAACUUGUUGAGUACUUGGCAUCAGUGUACCCAAAGAAUAAGUGGAGUGAGAGAUGGUAUGAUGAACUGUAUCUGUUGAUUGACUGCUGCCUACAGUACCAUUAUCUGAAACAUUAUGCUGCAUCAUUCUCUGAAUGUUUCUAUGGUUUAAUGAGAGUCCCAUUAACAAGCAGCAAUGAGUUCAGUACUGGUCACCGAUUACCUGUUCCACUGGAAAAGGGCUCAUUGGCAUUACUUGUACUCCUUCCUUACUUCAGGGACAAAGUGGAGAAGAUAGUAAACCAAUGGAGAGAAGCUAACGAAGAUGGGAGAUUGGGCAAGAGUAAAUCGGACAAGGCCCGCAAAGCAGCAGUCCAUCUAUACUCUAUAGCUCAUCUAGUCUCUGAGGCAGCCAAAUUAAUAAUCCUUGCUCGGUACCUCACAGGAUCUUCUCGCUGUCCCUCACCACCAUUACUUCUGUUGGGACUUACGCUCACAAAUGCCCCACCACCAGAACCUGAAGAAAAUACCUGGAGUGAUCUCGCUAGAAAUUUAUUUAAAGGAAAUAUUGGGAGUGCUAUGAUAACUUUCCCAAUGGUUUGGGGAGCUAUGGCAGGCGCAGUGCAGUGGGGGGCCUUCUUUGUCCAAUUUCUGCGCUGGUGGGAGACUCGACCUGGCCUCACUAUGGAUUCGCUUCCCUCACCGCCUCCCCCGACUCGUGAAGAAAAGUCAGUGCGUUACACGAAUAAAUGUCCCGUUUGUCUGCAGUCUUGGAAGGUGCCGACUGUAUUGCCAGUUUCAGGGUAUAUUUUCUGCUAUUCGUGUAUCGCGCGACAUCUGCGCGCUAACCAAACGUGUCCAGUGACCAUGCUUCCAGCUACUGAGAAGUCACUAGUGAGACUCUAUAUAGAUACCUAAUUGUAGUUAAAAUUUGUAAAAUAUAGCUUUGUUACCAAAAUCAAUUAUAAAAUAACAAAUAAAUAUUUUUUUAAAUGUUUGACAAAACAUUAGGAAAUAUUACUAUGCGUAAUAACUAAGAUUUGUAUUUAAAUAUAUAGGUAGGCUAAAAAUAUGAUUUAAAUGUUUAUGGUUUUUUUAUUUUAACUACAUAUUAUUAUCGGCCUGAGCCUUAACAAAUGGAAAUGGAAUUGCUUUUCUAUUUGGUAAUACAGAACGACACAUGACCAUCGGCCUCCAAUUAUUUUCGUAUUCCAAAUUAUAAACGCUGCUAAACGGAGUUUAUAGUAUAGUAGUAUAUAGUAGUAUAUACUCCUCAUAUUAUGCAGUAUAUGUCUCAUAUACUCUCUACGUAGUUUUUCUGUCCACCUGGUAGUUAAACAAAUUUACUACUUACAAAUGAUAAUAUUGUUCAAGCAACACAACAAUAUUAAAAUAGUGAACAUUACGUAGGUACAUUAUAACCGAGCUAUUGAGAAAAUAUUGUUACAAAAACAAACAGCCGAUACAAAUUAGCAUUAAAUCAUGUAAUUAAAAUCAAUUACAUCCACGGUUUGCGUCUUAAGUUUGAAAAUAGCUGAAUACCGUAUAAAUUGAUGUAGAGGUCAGAAACGGACAUUAAUUUAUGACUAAAGAUUAAGAAUGUGUCUAUAUUCUAGGAAAUCUUACAAGUUCUUACAUUUAAAAUAUUGCAUUUGUAUUCAUAUGUAGAUAUUAGAAAAGUUAUAUAAGUAUCACUGUACAAAAUUUAUUUAUAAUUGAAAAUAUAUUAUUACUUGUUGACUGUGCACUUGAUGUGAUCAUAUAUAGGGGCUGUGGUAAAUAAAUUAUACAAUAUUUUAA